AUGAUGUUAAGCUUUCAUGGCAAUUCUAGUUCUCUAUUGUAUUACUUGCUAAAACGAAGGAAUCGCGAUGAAAAAUCCAAUGAAAAUAGGCAGCAAAAGUUACUUUCGCAAAGUCACUUAACAUCUAUAUCAAACUAUAUCUCACCAAGUAGCGAUCGAAAUCAAAAGCAAUUCAAGCAGGAAAAUACAAGAGGGUCAUCAACGAAAGAGAGAACCGAUCAACAUGAGACACGGCAUAGAAGGGACCAAUUCAAUGAACGAUACUCAUACUCUGGAGGCGGCAGGCAAUCAGAAGGACGAUAUGAUAGGGGCGAAGAUCCCCCUGCGCGUCAAGUAAAAUUUCGCAACUCUCAUCCACGACAGAGGAAAACUAGUACUGAAGGAAGAAAUGAAAAUUUUCAAUCAGAUGCUUCAGAAACACGAAGAGUUAUGGAAAUUCGUUUAGUCAGAGAUGAGCAAGGAGGUAAACGUAUCGUGAAAUUGUAUGAGCCUGAAGAAGAAAAUAGCCCAAACGACUAUCAAAGAGAACAGCCAAAACGGGAAGGACGGCAAGAAAUCUCUAACUCAGAUAGAUCGAAUUAUAGAUAUUCAGAUCGAUUGGCUGACGAAGAAAGGGACUAUCAAAAUUAUAACAAUAAUGCUCAUCGAGAUAAUAAUUACAACCAUGCGCAUCGUCGAGGAAAAGAUAGAGGUGGUGGUAGACGUAACGACAGAUAUAGACAACCAAAUCGAUAUAAAGAAAGCGACAGAAAUGACGGAAACGACUAUGCUACAACACAAACAGAUCGCAACGAAACAGAUGAAAGGCAAAAUCGGCAAGAAAGAGAGUAUCAAGAUUAUGAUGAGCAGCAAGAUGACAAUUACAACUAUGCAUAUCGUCGAGGAAGAGAUGGUGGCGGUAAAGGACGUAACGACAGAUAUAGACAGCCAAAUCGAUAUAAAGAAAGCGAUAGAAAUGACGGAAACGACUACGAUACCACACAAGUAGAUAGUAACGAAACAGAUCGACGGCAAAGUCGGCAAAACAGAUAUUCAAAUCGACCAUAUAACAGAGGUUAUCAUCAAAAUUGGAAUGAUGAUAGGGAUUAUUCCCGUAAUGAUCGUCGAGAUCGAAAUUGGCAACCAAGAGAUAAUAACAACUACAAUAAUUCAUACUCAAGAAAUAAAGAAUGGAGAUAUCACGAUGAUGAAAGGUACGCAGAUCAAAAAACAGCAGAUAACUAUGAUCAGUCUACGCAAGUUGAGAAAACUCCUGCUGAUUUAGCUGUAGAAGAAACUGCUGAUGGGCGUUUCUUUUUUCCUGACAGCAAAAAUAAAGAAAGAGGAGGUGGACGUCCAAAUUAUCGUGGUGCUCCACGCUCUCAACGUGGUGGUGGUCGAGGUCGAGGUCGAGGUCGAGGUCGUCGUGGUCGAAACCAAAACAGACCUCGCGAUCAAACAGACAACAAGCAAGAUAUAAACCCGGACGAUAAAAAUGAUCAAGAUGCUGCAUCUCCCACGGAUAAACGUAAGCAAGAUGAUGAUACACUUAACAAAUCCGAUGAUUCAGGUGAGUUUCCGCCGAUAUUUGACAGCAAUAAUGCACCUGAAGUGGGCGACUGGGCCGACUACGAUCAAUAA